CCGCGGCAGAAGCGCCCUGGCCCGCGGCAGGUGAGGAUCUCCGGCCUCUGGGCUGGGGGCUGACAGGCUGGAUGCGGCGGGAUCCUCGGAGGGAUCCUCGGAGGACCCACCUGCUGGCAGCGGAGCCGGAAGAAGAAAAAGAAGACGCCCCCAGCCUGUGAACACUGCGAAGACAAUCUGGACUAGCGGUACCUGCUGUGUUGCUCGCUCGCUGCCUGAGACCUUCUGCCUGGCAUCUGAAACGAACCUUGCUCAUCAAUUGCUGCCUUUGGACCUGAGCCCGGUACUCUGGGUUCUGUUGACUUGUGGCUGAGGAGAGACUGGCCUUGCUUGUCGUCACCAGCGUAUGAACCAGUGUGAUGGUGAAAUGAGAUGAGGCUCCGAAAUGGAACUGUAGCCACUGUGUUAGCAUUUGUCACCUCGUUCAUUACUCUGUCCUGGUAUACCACGUGGCAAAAUGGGAAAGAAAAACUAAUUGCUUAUCAACGAGAAUUUCUUGCUUUAAAAGAACGCCUUCGAAUAGCUGAACAUAGGAUAUCUCAACGCUCUUCUGAGUUGAACGCCAUUGUCCAACAGUUUCGCCGCGUAGGAGCAACAAGUAAUGGAAGUAACGCUGUAUCGAAUACAUUUUCAGAUAGUACCAUAAAGCUACUAAAGGAGCUGACAAGCAAAAAAUCCCUUCAAGUGCCAAGUAUUUAUUAUCAUUUGCCUCAUUUAUUGCAAAAUGAAGGAAGCCUUCAGCCUGCGGUGCAGAUCGGCAGUGGAAGACGGGGAGUUUCAAUAGUAAUGGGAAUUCCUACCGUGAAGAGAGAAGUUAAAUCUUACCUCAUAGAAACCCUUCAUUCCCUGAUUGAUAAUCUGUAUCCUGAAGAGAAGCUGGACUGCGUUAUAGUUGUCUUCAUAGGAGAGACAGAUCUUGAUUAUGUUCACAGCGUCAUAGCCAACCUGGAGAAAGAAUUUUCCAAGGAAAUUAGUUCUGGCCUGCUGGAAGUAAUCUCCCCUCCUGAAAGCUAUUACCCUGACCUGACAAACCUGAAGGAGACAUUUGGAGACUCCAAGGAAAGAAUACGAUGGAGAACCAAGCAAAACCUGGAUUAUUGCUUCCUGAUGAUGUAUGCGCAGGAGAAGGGCAUCUAUUACAUUCAGCUUGAAGAUGAUAUUAUUGUCAAACAAAACUACUUUAAUACCAUAAAAAAUUUUGCACUUCAACUCUCUUCUGAAGAAUGGAUGAUCCUAGAGUUUUCCCAGCUUGGAUUCAUUGGAAAGAUGUUUCAAGCGCCAGACCUUACUCUGAUUGUGGAGUUCAUCUUUAUGUUUUAUAAGGAGAAACCCAUUGACUGGCUCUUGGACCACAUUCUCUGGGUGAAAGUCUGCAACCCUGAAAAAGAUGCUAAACAUUGUGACAGACAGAAGGCAAAUCUACGAAUCCGCUUCCGACCAUCCCUCUUCCAGCACGUGGGUCUGCAUUCGUCACUGUCGGGGAAAAUUCAGAAACUCACGGAUAAAGAUUACAUGAAACCAUUGCUUCUCAAGAUCCACGUGAAUCCACCCGCAGAGGUCUCCACCUCCCUGAAGGUUUACCAAGGACACACACUGGAGAAGACCUACAUGGGCGAGGACUUCUUCUGGGCCAUCACCCCCACAGCGGGAGACUACAUCUUGUUUAAAUUCGACAAGCCAGUCAAUGUAGAGAGUUAUUUGUUCCAUAGUGGCAAUCAAGAACACCCAGGAGACAUCCUGCUGAACACAACUGUGGAGGUUCUGCCUCUUAAGAGCGACAGUUUGGAAAUCAGCAAAGAAACCAAAGACAAACGAUUAGAAGAUGGCUAUUUCAGAAUAGGAAAAUUUGAGUAUGGUGUUGCAGAGGGAAUCGUGGACCCUGCUCUCAACCCCAUUUCAGCCUUUCGACUUUCAGUUAUUCAGAAUUCUGCUGUUUGGGCCAUUCUUAAUGAGAUUCAUAUAAAAAAAGCCACCAAUUGAUCUUCUAAGAAACCAACACCACAUCCUUUCUUCCUAUGACUCUGUCAAUUAAAGAUAGUUAGCGCGUCCCUUUCUGUCUGGACUUGAACACUACCUCUCGUGAAGCCUACUGUAGAUAAGAUGAUUGUUAUUCCCACUCAGACGGGGACUCUUCCCAUGGAUGACUGCAUUCAUUUGAAACUAAGCUGUCCUCCAAUUUGAACUUGACACAAAUGUUUUACAAUUCUGACAGCCUGUUAAUAUGACUGGGACUAUUUUGGUAUUAUACUAAUACAUAAGAGUUGUACAUAUUGUUACAUUCCUUAAAAUUUGAGAAAAACUAAUGUUAAAUACAUUUUGUGAAGGGGGUACUUUUGAAGUUCAUUUAUUUUACUAUUAUAGACCCUCUUUUAUAGAUGAUCAGGGAUUAUAUAUGUAUAUAUAAAUAUAUAAAUACACAUACAGAUGUUAUGGAGUUAAUUUAUUAGAAACACUUAAGAAGUACAUAUUUUUGUGCAGUAAAUUUUUGAAUCAAUACCUUUUUUUGAAGAAGCGGUUCCUGGCUUUUUUAAGUUCUUUCUAUAUUUUUCUUUGGAGAUGCAGACAUUACAGAUCAAUGCCAUUUUUUUUCCCAGUGCACUGCCAUUCCAGAUUGGUUCUAGAUGGGUUUCUUAACUUGAAGUACUUUUAUAAUCACAGCAAUUCUGAACAAAAUAUUUUCAGAGGAGUUUGUCAUUCUUUAAAGCCAAGAUUUUAAAAGACCAGUGUCCUCUUGAAGGUUAUUUUACUGUACUGUGUAUGGUGUGUAGCCACAGAGAACCAGUGUGGUCUUCAGUGUCCAGGUCUCCAGAGUCCUUGAGGUUUCCCCUAGUGUGUGUGGGUCAUGAGACCCCUUCCCUUGUUAAUCUGUCUUUAAUCACUAGUUAGACACAUUAUCUCUGUUCUCACUGGUCCUUUUAUACCCAUGUUAGGUUUCGAAGUUCAGACAAUGUUUUCUAGGUAAUGCUGUUGUGUGAAUCAUAAUGGGUAUGAUUUUUAAAGCCAAAACUGUAAUGUGGGGCUCCGGUCAAAGAUAAUUGUAGUGCUUGUAUGUUUCCACAGAAUGAUUUGCUGUGCUGUACCUUGAACUUGGAAGUAAAUGCUGUGUCCACAGAGUACUUAUGCGUCCUUACCUUGCAGUCUCAUGCAGUACUAGUUUGCAAUUCUUAACAGUUAGGAAGGCUGAGCAGCAGUUUCCAGUCUCCUCUGGUGAUCAGGGGCUGCAGAUGUCCAGCAGAUGUGGUAGAGACCUGAAGCUGUGGGAGGUCCUAGCUGGUGGCCUCCAGCCUGGAGCUUUCUUAGUUGCCUCAUGUAUAGGACACAUAGCACUUAACAGCCAUUUUGCAUGCCGUCCUCUGGGAAAAAUGUAAAUACUACUGUGCUGUAUGUUAAAGCCCAGCUGAAGCUUUUCUUGGGGUUUUGUAAAUUUCCCUCUCAUUUCCUUCAACUUUUUAUUUUCUUCUCUGGUUUCCUAAGACACAAGGCAAAUACCUUUGAAAUGAGCACUGUCUUAACACACUAAAUUACUGCUAAUGCAGCAGGGUCACAGAUGGUGAGACCAUGCAAUUGGGGGAAGGGGUCCCCUUAGGGCUCUGGUUUCUCAGUGGUUGUAACUUCAGGGAGGCUGUGCUUUAAAAAUCUAGUGGGAGACUCUAAUGCAACACCUGUCACCAUUUGAAUGGCCCCUGCUUGGGUCUUUCUGCACAUCUUCUCGCUCAAACCCCACUCAUGGCUCAUGCUUUUUAGCCAAAAUAAAAAGUUGUCCUUCA